AGAAAACCAAGCUCCUCAUGAUCUCCAAUCACUUUCUCCCAUUAUCCGUCUGAAACACCCCGCCGAAAAGAUGAAGCCGCUUUUCAAAGCGCUGUACAGAAUCCUGUCUGAAGUAUGAAUGGGUGGGGAAUGAACUACUGAUUCUACCGAAAGUUCUUUCAGCUGUACGGAUUUGUUUGGGCCCCUGUUGUCCCCCUGACACUUUUCGGGUCCCCUGAGGAGGAACUUAGUAUUGGAGAACUGUACACGUGAUACAAGGCAAUGAGUGAAGUGAAUAAUCAGGGUUUCUCUGCUUCCACUCUACUAAGGCGCUAUCGUCUGGCCAUGACAGAGUCGGACAUGUCCAAUUCUGUCUCUACGCCAUCUAGGAGUGCUGCCCAGGACUCAUCAGAGGGUAAGGGCCCUUCAGCAGAUGGGGAUCCCAACUUCCCCAUGUCUUCUCUGGCAGAACUACUGGAGAAAGAUGAUGGAUCACAUCCAACCCAAGAUUUGCCCCAGGAUCCAGCUCGACCUGGGCAACAGAGUGACAGCAAGCAGAACCUGCGGAUAAGAUUCCCGGGGGCCUUUAAAAAGGGUGUUCCUAACCCCAUGGACCUUCUUGAUUCCACCAUGUCGGAUUAUCCAGUGGCACCUGGCCCAAAGAAGGCACCAAUGGACUCCCUCUUUGACUAUGGCACAUGUAGAGAGGUCAACAACCAGAAAAAACGCAGGAAGAAGCUUCCACGGGGGAAAGCAGAGAUUGAGAUGUCAUGUGAUGAGGGAUCCCCAGACCCCCCUAUUCUCAAAGUCUUCAACCGCUCUCUGUUGUUUGAAGCCGUAUCUCGAGCAGAUCCGAGAGCUCUGGAUGGUCUCUUGCAGUAUCUACAGUCACAUGAAAAGAGGCUAACAGAUGAGGAGUUCAAAGAGCUUUCUACAGGGAAGACGUGCCUGCCAAAAGCACUGCUGAAUCUGCACAAUGGUCAGAAUGAAACCAUCCCUAUGUUGAUGGACAUCGCAGAACAGACAGGAAACCUCAGAGAGUUCAUCAACACACCCUUCAGAGAUGUCUAUUACAGGGGUCAGACGGCACUACAUAUUGCCAUAGAGCGCCGUUGCAAACCGUAUGUGGAGCUGCUGGUGGAGAAAGGGUCAGAUGUCCAUGCACAGGCCAGGGGCAGAUUCUUCCAACCCAGAGAGGAGGGUGGAUACUUCUACUUUGGUGAGCUGCCCCUCUCACUCGCAGCUUGUACCAACCAACCAGACAUGGUGCACUAUCUGACUGAGAAUAGCCACAAGAAGGCAGAUCUGCGAAGGCAGGACUCCCGGGGAAACACAGUACUGCAUGCCCUGGUUCAUAUUGCAGACAACACUCGGGACAACACACGUUUUGUCACUAAAAUGUAUGACUUGCUGCUCACUAAAUGUGCCAAACUCUAUCCAGACUGCAACCUGGAGAAUGUCCUCAACAAUGAUGGUAUGUCUCCUCUCAUGAUGGCUGCCAAGCUGGGAAAAAUUGGGGUGUUCCAGUAUAUCAUCAGGAGAGAGAUCAAAGAUGAGGAAGCUCGUCAUCUCUCCAGGAAGUUUAAGGACUGGGCCUAUGGACCUGUGUACUCCAACCUCUAUGAUCUGUCCUCCCUGGAUACCUGCGGAGAAGAAGUCUCUGUUCUGGAGAUACUUGUCUACAACAGCAGGAUUGAGAAUCGGCAUGAGAUGCUGGCAGUGGAACCCAUUAAUGAGCUGCUGAGGGCCAAGUGGCAGAAGUUUGCUGCUGUGACCUUCUACAUCAGUGUGUUUUCCUAUCUUUUUACCAUGGUUGUCUUCACCCUCGUGGCCUACUAUCGCCCAUCGGUGGGAAAACCCCCAUAUACCUACAAUACUACAGAAGACAAGCUGCGUUUGGCAGGAGAGAUCAUAACUGUGGCCUCUGGAGUCUUUUUCUUCGUAACAAAUAUUAAGGACCUUUUCCUGAAGAAGUGCCCGGGGGUGAAUUCUUUAUUUAUUGAUGGAUCCUUUCAGCUCCUCUACUUCAUCUACUCUGUGUUGGUUCUGGUGGCUGCAGCAUUAUACUUGUCAGGAAUUGAGGCCUACGUGUCCGUGAUGGUGUUUGCUCUAGCACUAGGUUGGAUGAACACACUCUAUUUCACCAGAGGCCUUAAACUCACUGGAACCUACAGCAUCAUGAUUCAGAAGAUUCUCAUCAAAGAUUUGUUCCGGUUCCUGCUGGUGUAUGUGCUCUUCAUGAUUGGCUAUGCAUCAGCAUUAGUUUCACUGCUGACCAUCUGUCCUGAUGAGGAGACAUGCAAGGAUGCGUGCCCCAAAUAUCCAGAAUGCAGAGAUGCGAACACCUUCAGUGAAUUCCUUUUGGACCUGUUUAAGCUGACCAUAGGCAUAGGAGAGCUGGACAGCAUGCUCAAAGGCGCACAGUACCCUGCUGUCUUCCUCAUUCUCCUAGUCACCUACAUUAUUCUCACCUUCGUCCUGUUACUCAACAUGUUAAUCGCUUUGAUGGGGGAGACAGUGGGACAGGUGUCCAAAGAGAGCAAGAAGAUCUGGAAACUACAGUGGGCAACCACUAUCUUGGAUAUUGAGCGUUCCUUCCCUGUGUGUCUGCGGAGGUCCUUCCGGAUUGGAGAGAUGGUGACUGUGGGCAAGAACUUGGAUGGAACACCAGACAAACGUUGGUGCUUCAGAGUUGACGAGGUGAAGUGGUCCCACUGGAAUCAAAAUCUAGGGAUCAUUAAUGAGGAUCCUGGCCAGAAAGACUAUUACGAACAAACGCAGGGAGGGCGAGGUCUUCGAAGAGAUCGCUGGUCUACGGUCGUCCCAAGAGUGGUUGAACUGAACAGGGGCCCCAGAGACCAUGUCAUAGAGAUGGAGCCACUCACAGGCAGACACAGACAUAAGUCUGAAAGCUAAAGCAGGUCUAUAGAGGGCCACAAACCCUUGAAACAGUUUUUACAGGGCAGACAAUUAUGUAUAUUAUUCAAGAUGUCAGAAUUUCUAGAGUUUUUAAUCACUAUUGGGAUGCAUACAAGAACAUUUCUGUCCAUAUAUAUCCUGAGUUUUAAAAGUAUCCUGUUAGUUUUGAUGAUGAUAGUGAUGAUCAUUUUUACAUGUAUAUUUGGGCCCAUGAGACACUCAGGGACACUUUGGUUUUGUAAAUCUGAAAUGUGUCAGAGAUUUGUUAAAAUAAUCCAGAGUAGUGUUUUUCAUGGAGUGUGCGAUGCAUUUUUAUAAACGCAGCUUUUUUAUUUAGACUUAUGCAGAAAAACAGAACACUCCACAAGGUCUCUGGCCUAGGUUCAGACAUGUUAGCCUCUGUCUGCUUUGUUGCUUCCUACUGACAAAUCUAGCAUGAGGCAUUUUUGUAGAUGAAGAGCUAAAAGGUUAGAUUUUAAUUAAUAAUCAUGCCAAAUUACCUUAGUUUAAUGUGCCUUGAUAUAAUAAUCAGUUUGAUCUUUUUUAAUGAAAAAUCAUAUUGUUAUAAUAUUCUUUGGUUAUAUGGCCCACCCAUAAUGGAGAAGGUGUUUGGAUUUGGCCAUUGUUUUCUAAUAAAGGUCAUGCAGAAAGCAGAUGUGGCACCCACACCAGUAGUGUGCACCAUGCCGGACUUCAAUAAAAUGCUAUCUUCACCUCAGUAUGCUGGCAGUAGUGUGACACUGGAUUUAAUUAGUGUGAUGCUUUAAAUGAAAGUGAAUAGUAUUUUCACAGGUAAAGGAACAAAACACCACAUUUUGUAGGAAAACUUCCUUUACCUUCAGUUUCUGUUCUGUAUGUAUUAUUGUGUACAUUGUAUAUACUGUGUUUUAUCAAAGUGCAAAAGACAUUAUCUGUGUGCUGUAGUUCAGUGCAAAUACUUGAUAAAGUAAUUCUGCCUUUUUUUUUUUUUUUUUUUUUUUUUUUAAAGAAAGCAAGAAACUGACCAUUUGAAAGCAUUUAGUUCUUUUUUUAAUGCUGUUUUUGAUGUCCACAGUGUGAUUUAGCAGAUUUAUAAAGGACUGGAAUAGGGCCCUGUAUCUAUUUUUUGUUUACAGGCCUUUUUUUCACAUUCUAUUUAAAAUAUUCUUUAUAUUUUAUCAGAUAUCUUUUACGCUAAAAGUAUUACGUAGAUUAGGUAUAAAAGGAUUGUAUAGAAAUAGAUGGUAAUAUAUUCUUUAUCUUGCCAGUAUGUUAGGCUGUUGGUGCUGCUGUUGAUAAGACAACUUUUAUGUCCCAGACUGGAUGUACUGACUGUUACAACACAAAGGGAUUUUUUAAAAUCCUCAAUAAAGAGAGAUUAAUUCCCCUCCCUUCUUAACCAUCUCAAGGA